AUGUCAUACACACACUUCAACGUUUCCUUCCCUGCCUCCCACCAAUAUGUCGCCCACGUCGAGAUCAACCGACCAGACAAGCUCAACGCAUUUAUCGAGGGAAUGUGGCUGGAGAUGAAGACUAUCUUCGAUGAUCUCUCGAGCUCGCCAGAAGUGCGUGCCAUCGUCCUCACCGGGGCAGGAGACCGCGCCUUCACGGCCGGGUUGGACGUCAAAGCCGCAUCAGAGGGCCUCCUGGGCAAAGACUCGCUCAUGGGCCCAGACUCCGACAUGGCGCGCGUAGCAGUCAAGUUCCGCCGGACGGUCGCCGAGUUCCAGGAGUGUGUCUCGUCGAUUGAACGGUGCGAGAAGCCCGUCAUCACCGUGUUACAUGGCAUCACGUUUGGGUUGGGGAUUGAUAUCUGCUCGGCGGCGGAUGUGAGGAUCUGCACCGCCGAUGUGCGCUGCUCCGUCAAGGAGGUCGAUAUCGGCAUGGCGGCUGAUGCCGGCACCCUGACUCGCUUGCCCAAGGUGGUGGGUGCGUUUGGCUGGGUGAAAGAGGUGGCGCUGACUGCGCGCGAGUUCGGGGCGGAGGAAUCCCUGCGCGUGGGUUUCGUCAAUGCUGUCCAUCCCUCCAAGGUCGACGCUGUAAAUGCUGCUCUCGAGCUCGCCGCGUUGAUGGGGAGGAAGAGUCCCGUCGCGGUCCAGGGGACCAAGGAGCUGUUGAACUGGUCGAGGGAUCGUUCUGUCGCAGAUGGCCUCCGAUACACAGGCGUCUGGAACAGCGCCGCCGUGCAGACUCGCGACAUAACCAAUGCACUCCUCUCAAGCCUACAGAAGCGGACUCCUACUUUCGAGAAGCUGUAG